UGCUGUUUUAUCAAUAUUCGACUUCGUUUCAUUUUAUCGCGUGAAGAAAUUCUGUAUUCUAGCGUUAGCUUUUGAGAAAUUUUAGCGUUAGCAUGCAAGCUAAAGAUUGUUUAAAUUUAAUUCAACUUGUGCAGGAUAAUCCCUGCAUUUGGGAUAGAUCCCAUCCAUUGCACAAUUGCGCCAAUCAUGUAAAAGCAGUAUGGGCUGAUAUUGCUGAAAAAGUUGAUAGUUCUGUCGAUAAAGCUAAAGCUAAAUGGAAGAAUCUACGAGAUUGCUAUCGAUUCCAGCUGUACAAAAAAAUUGACGCGAUAGAGAGAGGCGAUCCGAAAGCAGCUGAUAUGAUCUGGCCAUAUUACGUUGAGAUGUCUUUUCUACAAGAUCACAUGUAUCGAAAAGCCACUCCAGCAAAGACGCGGGCACAAAUGAAAGCUGAAAAUACCCUGGACCAACCGAUCAAUAUUACUAGUACUAAAAACAUCGAAAUGGUUACCGUUGAUGAUUUUGAUCAGUCUGUUCUCGAGUAUUUAGAUGAAAGUGCGUCAAAUGCCUCGAGAAGAAAUAAACACCCGAUCAAUGUUAAUAUAAAUGGUGCCAGAUUAUCGACAGAGCCUGUGGAAGAUGAGGAUAGAUGUUUUUUUGACAGUCUGUUACCAUACAUGAAACUUUUAUCGCCCAAAGAUAAAAUGCUCUGCAGAAUGAAAAUACAAGAAACUGUUUUCGGUAUAGCGUUUCCUCCGGGAAAAGAUGGAAAUAGCUCCGAGUCCGGCAAGUAAUAUUGAUGGGAGAUGUUGGAGUUCAAUAAUUAUGUAUUAUUUGAGGAAGUAAUACGUAAACGUAACCACAAGGCCUUCGUUAUAAAUUCGUGUAAAAUUAUAAACUGCAAUGGACGAGAAAACCAUGAUGGUUUGCGAACUAUCGUAAGAUAUUUUCCUGUGUUUACGUCGAUAAUUUAAAGAAAUUAAUUCUCGUGUUUUGAAAAAAAAAUCUGUUCAAAAAUGUAUUACAAACUUUCCUUUAAAAAAUAUCAAAAUAUUGAGUCUCUACAUAAGUUUAUGUUGCCCCUUGUGAUGUACAGUUAUGUUUGUUAUUAUUUUUUUUUUAUAUAAUUUUAUUCGAUUUUUUUUUUAUUAAAACGUAAUUUAAUCAAUUUUCUAUAAAAAUAAAACUUAUUCCAGUGUGAAA